GUGAAUGAUGUUCAGCUGUACGGUAAGUCUCGUCGGGAGGUUGUGUCCUUCCUCAAAGAGGUUCCUCCUCCGUUCACUCUGGUCUGCUGCCGACACCCGACCUCUGAGCUGGACCAAGAAUCUGAAUGUGAAUCUGAACCUGCACCUGAACCGGUACUACGACCCGGACCUGGACCCGGACCAGUGAGACAGUCACAACCCAGUGUGGAGGAGAUGGAGCUGAAGCUGUCGUCGAUGCUCUGCAGUCAGACAGAGCUGAGAGGGAGCGUCACUGAGCAGCAACAGCCGGUCAGACAGGAGCAGCGGGUAUCUCCUGUAGAGGAGGUGCUGAAGGAGCAGAGGACUCCACACAGCCAGGAGGAGGAGGAGGAGGAGGAGGAGGAGGAGGAGGAGGAAGGGGAGCUGGCUCAGUGGUCUCCUGACGUUCAGGUGUUGGAGCUGCAGAAGGAGAGAGACAAAGGCCUCGGCUUCAGCAUCCUCGAUUACCAGCUUCGGGUGUGUUUACAGAGUCUGCAGCAGAAACACGACACAGCGCUCGGUUCAGUCCGCUUUAUUUUCACAGUCAUCCUCGUGUGA